AUGGAGCAGGCGGAGGUGAUGGGACGCUACAUGCUCUCCUGGGAGUCCAAAGCCAAUGUUGGCGUCCUGGGCACCUGCAUGGCAGAAUGGAAGAAAGUUGUGGAUGCCUUGGCCAGACAAAAGGCCAAAGAGCAGAAGCGCGAGUCUGUCAAGCUGGCGCUGCAGAAGUGGGAGCGCGGCAGCGUUGCUGGGCUGCUGCACGAGGUGGUGUCCCAGCUUGCCCCUUAG